CCGUUCAACCUUGCAUCUCACGUUUUUUGUCAAGCACUAACCCCGCAAUUCCAACAUCCGAGUCAUCUCACUGUCAGUACCCUUCUCACGAUGGCGGACACACACAAUCUCCGCGUCGAGGAGCUAUUCUCCGUGAAGGACUACGUAUGCCUAAUUACUGGAGGAGGCUCUGGGAUUGGAUUGAUGGCCGCGCAAGCUUUGGCUGCAAAUGGCGCGAAAGUGUACAUCACGGGACGACGCCAAGAAGCUCUGGAAAAAGCCGCAAAAUCACACAACCCCACUGAAGGCGGUCAAAUCAUCCCCCUGGGCCCCUGCGAUGUCACCAAAAAAGAUGACCUGGAGAAAUUAUACAAGGAGCUCUCGCAGCGGGAAACCUACCUCAACCUCCUCAUAGCGGCAGCAGGCAUCUCAGGCGAGAAAGCAGAGCCCGACUCGGACAACGCAACCACGCUCAAAGAGAAGCUCUGGAACAACGAAACGUUCGAAGGCUGGAACCAGACGUACAACACCGACGUGACGUCUGUGUACUUUACCGUCGUGGCGCUCCUGCCGCUGCUACAGGCCGGCACCGAGUCCCUCGGCCACCUGGCUGCAUCCGUCAUCGUCAUCUCGUCCAUGUCGGGCAUUAUGAGACACGCGCAAGGCCAUUUCAGUUACAACGCGGCAAAGGGCGGGACCGUCCACCUCACUAAGCUGAUGAGCGCUGAGUUCCAGAAGAUAAAGGUCCGCGUGAAUAGCAUCGCGCCGGGCUACUUCCCGUCCGAGAUGACGGCAAAGGAGAGCGACGACAGGCAAAAGAGCCACCUUCCCGAAGAGAAGAUCCAGGAAAAGGGCCACGUGCCCAUGGGCAGGGCGGGGCUGGAUGAGGAAAUGGCACAGGCGGUCCUGUUUCUGGCCAAGAACAAGUACGUCAAUGGAGAGAUUUUGGCUGUGGAUGGUGGAGUGUUGAAUGUCGUUGCUGGGAGGUAA